CCCGCCGGAGGGCAGGAGGCGGGCCCCGGGCGGGCCGUCGCGGAGCCUCCGCCCCCUCAGCUUUCUCGACGCUAGCUGCUGGGUGGUUCUCAGGGGUCCGGCAGAGCCGCGGGAAGGGCAUCCUAGGGGAGAGUCGAACACGAGGAGCUGUGGCAGGAGAAAUUGACGAGCUGCGCUUCGUUGUCAGUCAGGGACAAGGACACGGCCACGCACCCACCCAGCUGCCCACGAUCACUCGGCGGCAGAAAUGUCAGCCGCCGGCGCUCGAGGCCUGCGGGCCACCUACCACCGGUUCCUGGAUAAAGUGGAGCUGAUGCUGCCCGAGAAACUGAGGCCAUUGUACAACCACCCGGCAGGCCCCAAAACAGUUUUUUUCUGGGCUCCAAUUAUGAAAUGGGGGUUGGUGUGUGCUGGACUGGCUGACAUGGCCAGACCUGCAGAAAAACUUAGCACAGCUCAAUCUACGGUUUUGAUGGCUACAGGGUUUAUUUGGUCAAGAUACUCCCUUGUAAUUAUUCCAAAAAAUUGGAGUCUGUUUGCUGUUAAUUUCUUUGUGGGGGCAGCUGGAGCCUCUCAGCUCUUUCGUAUUUGGAGAUAUAACCAAGAACUAAAAGCUAAGGCAAACAAAUAAAAGAGUUCCUGAUCACCUGAACAAUCCAGAUGUGGACAUAACCACUGGGACCUAGUUUAUUACUUGAUUAUUGAUAAGGUGAUGCUAACUGCGCUAACAUUUGGAAAGCACAAAAAAAUCUAACUGUAACUGGUAGCUAGUGCUUGAUUCAACAGAAAAAUAAAGCAAACUUUUAUUAUAAUUUCUCUUUA